CAUGGUAGACAAACAACAUGGAAGAGAACAGCGAGCAAUAUUCAGACAGUUCCAGUCAGAAAUUACUCCGAACAAUUCUUCACGAGGGCAACGAACAAUGGAGGACAAACCAGAGCCCCAUGUACACCACACGGAAGAGGCAACAUCGACGUCGACACCCAUCCCCCAACAAGAACCUGGUUCAGAUCUCGACAUCCACACGGCAUGUUUUUUUGGAGACCUGGUCCGUGUGAAAUACAUCUUGUCUCAAGGUCAGGAGGAUAUCAAUGGCACGGCUGGAAACUGUUUAGGGAAAACACCGCUAAUGCAGGCUGCACAUGGAGGGCGCAAAGAAGUGUUUGAUUUCCUCGUGAGUGAAGGAGCGGAUAUAUCACUAUUGGACGAGUACGGUUUCAACAUACUUCACUGGGCCUGCAGAGGAGGAAGUGUUGAGAUGGUGAAAUAUAUCCUCUCCCUGAACGGCAUGGACGUCAACACUACAGGGACUGACGGAACGACUCCAGUGGCGUCGGCAGCAUGGAUGGGACAUAAAGAUGUCGUGGACUUCCUCGUUGGAGAAGGCGCUGACGUGACACUCGUGAGUGAUCUCGAUGAAAACAUCCUUCACUGGACCUGUCAGGGAGGGAAUGUGGAGAUGGUGAGAUAUAUCCUCUCUCAGAAGUUUGUGGAUAUCAACGCAAGGACUAAGAUGGGCCAGACAGCCGCAGAUAUUGCAGAGGUGUGGGGUCAUAAAAAAGUGGUUAGACUCCUUAAAAAGCCACGUUGUCAUGUGAUGUAAGUGCAUUAUUUGUGGCACGUUGUCCUAUGUGCAGCCCUCAGAUCUCACACAAGGCGAAGUCAAGCAAUGUUGGUAGGAGAGUAGUGGGAUGGGUGACAAUAAUCUUUCUCAGCGGGAGAAUAAAUCACGUAUACCCCGCCACGAAGAAGAAAUUCGUGGAUUUCUGAGCGGAGGAAUAAAUCUCUGAUCCCAGCUUUUUCAGUGUCAAUGACAGUCAUGUGACAUAGCACAAGUUAACCUUAGCUCAAUAUGGAACAGCUGUUGUCCAUCAAUUUGCUCCUAAAACCCACAUACCCCUCGUGAUACAACUAAUAAUGUUGAAUUAGAAAACAUAUUUAACUUGAUUGUAGAAGCCUCGAAAUACUCCAUUCGUUCCCGUUCCUUUAUUUCUUUUUUAUGGGAUGAAUGUGACGUGAAUUUGUUUCAUAUAACCAUGUAGUAUUAUAAAGUGUUUGAUGAUCCAACA